CACGUCUCGCUGCAUUUCCCCUUCAGAAGCAGGCCCAGCCUUUCCUACAAUCACAGGACUCCCAGAGAUGGGGCUUUAUUGCUGAUACCGUGGCAUGGGAGGCAAUGGAAACAGAGAAAGGGAAUAGACAGGGUCGGGAAGGCGCCACCCUCCCUUGAAACUGCCGGCAGUGAAAUCCACUGAAGGGAGCCCAGCAUUCCCCCGUGCCUCAGUUUCCCCAGCUAGAAGGCAGCAGGCCUGCGAGUGACCUGCUCUACAUCCCAUCGGCAUAGGCAGCCUAAAUGAUUGGGGGUUUCGUAAAGAUGACAUCCUUCCCAUAACAGCCAGGAUCUGUGGUCAUCGCUUCCCCUUCUAGCGGCCCCAAUCCAGCCAGAUUUGUCUCAUGCCCUAUGCCCUUCCUGGAAAUACCCCGGCCCCAAAGCAACUGGCUUCUGAGCCAGGUAUUGCCACCAUCCACGGGCCCAGCAGCGGUGUAAAGUGGUGUUGUCUCAGCCCCAUUGUGACCCGCGCUAUGGUGAGGGCAGGGGGGUCCUUACAGGGGCCCAGAGGUGGGGACCAGCCCCUGAGGGCAGGGGCAGAGGAGCCGGGCCAGGACCCAGCUCAUGGCAGCAGCUUGACAUCUCUCUCAUUUGCCAACAUUGCCGGCACCGACCAUGCCAAGGGCCGAGACACCCGCCGUGGGCAUUGACCUGGGCACCACCUACUCCUGCGUCGGCAUCUGCCAGCACGGCAAGGUGGAGAUCAUCGCCAACGACCAAGGCAACCGCACCACCCCCAGCUACGUGGCCUUCACGGCCACCGAGCGCCUGGUUGGGGAUCCUGCCAAGAGCCAAGCUGCCCUCAACCCCCACAACACCGUCUUCGAUGCCAAGCGGCUGCUGGGCCGGCGCUUCGAGGAGCCGGGGGUACAGGCAGACAUGAAGCACUGGCCUUUCCGGGUGGUGAACGAGGAGGGAAAGCUGAAGGUACGGGUGUCCCACAAAGGGAAGGAGCGGGAUUUCUAUCCGGAGGAGAUCUCUGCCAUGGUGCUGGCCAAGAUGAAGCAGACGGCCGAAGCCUACCUCGGCCACCCGGUCACCCAAGCCGUCAUCACCGUGCCGGCCUACUUCAACGACGCGCAGCGCCGCGCCACCAUCGACGCGGGCACCAUUGCUGGCCUCCACGUCCUCAAGAUCCUCAACGAACCCACGGCGGCUGCCAUCGCCUAUGGGCUGGAGACCGGGAGCCCAGGGGGCGAGGCGCGCCACGUGCUCGUCUUCGACCUAGGGGGUGGCACCUUCGAUGUGUCCGUCCUGCGGGUGGAAGAUGGCAUCUUCGAGGUGAAGGCCACGGCUGGGGAUACCCACCUGGGCGGGGAGGACUUUGACAGCCGGCUGGUGGAGCAUUUGGUGCGGGAAUUCAGGAGGAAGCACAAGGAGGACCUCAGUCAGGACAAGAAAGCCUUGCAGAGGCUCCGGUCGGCUUGCGAAAGAGCCAAGCGCACGCUCUCCUCCGGUACCACCGCCACCCUCUCCAUCGACUCCCUCUACAAGGGGCUGGACUUCCACACCACCCUCACCCGGGCCCGCUUUGAGGACCUCUGCUCCGACCUCUUCCAAGCCACCCUGAAGCCCUUGCAGCGGGCGCUGCAAGAUGCCCGCCUCACCACGGACCAGAUCCACGCCAUGGUGCUGGUGGGCGGCUCCACCCGCAUCCCCAAGGUGCAGGCGCUGCUGUGCGGCUUCUUCGGCGGGCGGGAGCCCAGCAAGGGCAUCAACCCCGACGAGGCGGUGGCUUACGGUGCGGCUGUGCAGGCAGCCGUCUUGACCGGCCACCGCACCCGGGGCCUGCAGAACCUGCUGCUUCUGGACGUGACCCCGCUGUCCCUGGGCAUCGACACGGUGGGUGGCGUGAUGGCCACCGUGAUCCGACGCAAUUCCCCAGUGCCCACCAAAGAGACCAUGAACUUCACCACGGCUGAGGAUGACCAGGACACGGUGGUGUUUGAGGUGUACGAAGGGGAGCGUCCCCUGAGCAAGAACAACCACUUGCUGGGCACUUUCUUCCUCAGUGGCCUUCCCCCGGCGCCCCGUGGUGAGCCCGUGGUGGAGGUCACCUUCUCCAUCGAUGCCAACAGCGUCCUCACCGUCUCCGCCAGGGACACCCACACAGGCAACACCAGCCAGCUCACCAUCGCCGACACCCGGGGCCGGCUGGACCGCGAGGAGGUCCAGAGGAUGGUGCAGGAGGCGGAGGAAUGCAAGGUCCAGGACCGGGCGCAGCAGGAGGCCGUUGAAGCCAUGAACUCCCUGGAGUCGUGCGCGCUGCAGCUGAAGCGGGCGGCCGAGGGCGGGCACGGGGUGGACGUGCGAGCCAAGAAGAGGGUGCUGGCUCUGUGCGAGGAGACGGCCUCGUGGCUGGAGGGGAGCCCGCUGGCUCAGAAGGAGGAGUACGAGGAGCGGCGGAGGGAGCUGGAAGAAGCCUGGGAUUCAGCUUUCUCCACACUGAACCCAGGAGGGGAGCCCAGGCUGGAGCCAGAGGAGCAGGAGGGGGCGGCUGCUAGGGAGGAGCUCAGGGAACACCUGGAUUGA